UUGAAAAAUUGAAGGUUGUAUGUGUUAGGUUAUAAAUUUCAACUUUAAUAUUAUAACUUAAAAUUCAAUGGUAUGUGUACAAAAACUUAAUUGCUUAAAAAUUUAAUGGAAUCCUCUGACGACUUUGCUUGGACGGACACUUCUGAAGACUCGACAAUUAUGAAAGAAAACGGUGAUGAUGGCGAUUCGGAAUCAGGAUAUAGUUAUAAACAAAAACUUCAAAAGCAACUAUUCAACCACAGUCAAGAAAAUUCCAAAGAGGGCAAUAAUGAAAAGAAGAAAUCAAAAAAACGAAAGCAUAGUGAGUUAGAAAGCAGUAUUGUGGAGGAAAUAAAAACAAAACAAAUAAAAACGGAACCAGAAAGUGAUUUAGAUAUUAAACCUAAAAAGAAAAAAUCAAAAACAUCGAUUUCUGAUAGUUUUCUGAAGGAUGAAGAAUUCUUAAAUUUGAAAGUUAAAGAGGAGCAAAUGUCCAUAGACAUGAAACCACCGAAGCCGAAAAAGAAGAAGAAACAUAGAACAAACUCUGAAAAUGCGGAAUAUUCCAGCUUCAGUGAAUCUCAAUCACAAGAGAUAGAUAAUUCACAUUCAGAAAAUGCUGAUAUACAUUUAGAACUAAGCCAACAAAAUGAAUAUUCUAAUUUCAAAGAAGAACCAGAAGACAAUGAAAGGGUUAAAAAGAAAAAGAAAUCUAAAAAGAAAAAAGAAAAAGACAAUAUUGAGGAUACAAUAAUAGAAGAAAAGUUUAAUGCAGAAGAAACUAUAGUAGAGGAAAGAAUAGCAAACGUUCAUGAAUCACAAAGUAACAUAGAGAAUAAAUUACAAAAAGAAAGAACCGAUGAAAGUAUGGAUGAAUGUGAAGGUGCUUAUAAUGAUACAAAACAAAAUAUCUCCAGACAACUAGAUAAUACAAGUCACACAGAAGAAAUUCGAGAUAAAAGUAAAAUAAAAAAGAAACAAAAUAGUUUAUUUGAUAAUGUUGCCGUUACUGAUGAAAUUAUUAGUGCUAAUGGUAGCAUCACCCCUUCAAAACCUUUGAGAAAAAUCACUGACAGAAUAAAAUUCGAAAACGACACUCUCGAUUUCAGUAAUGACGAAAUAGAAGUAAAAGGUUCAAAACAUUCAGCAGCACUAAGGAAAUAUUUGAAAAAAAAUGCUCAUCUAAAUCAAAUCAAAGUAAAUCACAAUAGUGGAGCUGUUAUUACAGAAGAAGAUGAGGUGUGGGUGUUGAAAUGUCCCAGCGAAGUUGACAUCAAUAGUUUAAAAGACACAAGUUUUGUCUUAGACACUAAAUGUAAACUUAAAGCAAACAAUCAAACAUAUGUUGGUUAUAUCGAAAACUAUACUCCUCAAGUUGCUAUCUUGACGAUAGAUCAGAAUAAACCGGUUAUAAAAAAUGUACCAAUUUCUGGUAUGAUACAGUUUUCUAAAAGAAUCCCAAAGCCUCAUUACAUGGAAGAGAAUUCUGUAAAUAAUCAAAGUAAUUUCAUACCUCUUCCUGAAACAAAGUCACGUCAUCCUCUGUUCGGUGUUCAUUAUAAGAGUGCAAUAAAGAUACCAAAACACAUAUCAGACCGACUCAACGGUUUAGAAACUGAAUUAAUACCGGAAGAUAAUGAAAAGAGAAAAAAGAAAAAGAAGAAGCAUAAAAAAGAGACCAAUGAAUCAGAACACGAAAUGAAACCGGAACCGGAACCAGAGCCUGUUCGUAAAAAAAGAAAACGCAAACAUUCUAAUAAUGAUGAUACUUCACCAAAGUUAUCUAAACGGUUGAAACACGAUCCUGAUUCCGCUGAGGCUUGGGAUUCAGAAAAAGCAAUUGAACAGCAACUAUUUAAUUUUUAAAAGAUUACUUAAGUAUAACAUGUACAAUCAACAAUCAAUAUAGCAUAAUUAUAUUUUUUUUACUAUG